UGCCCAAGCGCACGUGUCGCUAGUGGGGUUAUGUUUCAAACGUCGUCCUCGAUAUCGAAGUCGAAGCCAAAUUUGUCAGAAACGGCAACCCAAGCCAACAACCUUUCAACAAUAUCAGCUUCGAGCUACAAUUAAACACAUCAGAAGUUUCGCUAUAUCAUUUUGCAAGCAGACCUAGAUCAAAUGCCUGUCAGCAAAACCCCUAUCACACCCAAGAAAUCGACGGAGCUUCGUUCGAAAAUUGAGGCUACGAAACCUGACCAAAAGGGAUUAAAUGUUAUUUUCGCCGAGGUUAAAGCCCAACUGGGCCUGUCAGGAUUUGCGACAUCCGAGCGGACCGAAGAAGACACGAGAGAAGUUCGUUUAACUACGGCGAAGUGCGUCGUUUUUCUCAUCAAGGGCGCAUUUGAAGUUGGAGGGGACAGAGUCGAUGGAGAUGGAUUAGGACAUAGUGUGGAGAAUGAGGACUCUCUUCAGUUGCUACAAAAUACGACAGUAGUGAUUAUAAACACAAAUUGAGGUAUAUAUUUUUGCUCCUU